AUGAGCACCUCAGCCGGUGCAGAACUGCAAGAAGCCUUGAGAGCAUCUGAGAAUGUUGAUGCUGCAAGGGUUUCGAUACCAGAAGCGAUCUGGCAGCGUUGCGAGGCCCAAUUGAUCUUUAUCAAGACCAACUACGAGGCAAUGGACAGGCCUCUCUUAAUCCUAUACAAUAGAAACCUGUCUUCUCUGGCAAGCAUGAUCAGGAGGUUGACUAGCAUCUUCAAAGAUUUGGUCGAGCUCAAGGUCAGAAGAGAUGAGAAUGUGGUCAACAAGGUGUUCCCUAAUGACGCAUCCGUGAUAUACACUUACAAAAAGGGCACACUUGACGAUGCUAUCUAUGCAUUAAGAAUAUGGCAGCAAAAGACGGAUCCUACUUGGGUGCUGAUGGUCAAGCUUUACGGUGAUUCUAUGACCCUGGCAUCUGCUGUAUCACAAAACUUCAAGUCCUAUGCCUCCAACGUAGAAGCGUAUAAUUGGAAGUUGGGGCUCCCGGGUCAAUCUUACCCUUAA